AUGACGAAGGGAACAUCGUCAUUUGGUAAGACACAGAACAAGACUCACACCCUUUGCCGACGGUGCGGAGCAAAAGCACUUCACCUGCAGAAAUCUACCUGCGGUACAUGUGCCUAUCCUGCCAAGAGAAAGAGGAAGUAUAACUGGAGCGCGAACGCCAGAAGGAGAAACACGACUGGCACAGGUCGCAUGAGGCACCUGAAGGUGGUGUUUCGGAGGUUCGGGAAUGGAUUCCGUGAAGGCACCAUUCCAAAGCCCAGAUGUGCUGCAGUGGCUUCUUCCAGCACUUAA